GCGUGCGUACAAUGUCUUAUGAAUGACAGCCGCUGUUCCAGGUUAUGUGACAUUGUGUCGGUGCAGGACACCUUAGCACCAAAGUGACUUAACUGACAGGACCUGGGGACGGAAGUGGCAGGUAAGAGAAGGAGGGUUUCCUGGAUGAGAUGCGCUCCAGCAGCUGUUUUUACGCGGAGAGGAGCGUGGCGCAGAGCUCCGUUUACUGAGACGUUACCAAACAGGCUGUUUGGACUGCGUGUGAAUCCACUUCGGCUUCCAACUUGCACCCUGUGACUGGGACUGAGAUCCAGUCCGAUCAGCUGACGGGAGGACCGAGACUUCACCCAUAGUGAGAGUUCUUUUUAGACCCUGAGGGAUUGCGUUUAAUUUAAAGUGACUUGUUUGUUCAAGAAGGCUUGUUCCACCUGUUUCUGGACUCACUUCUUUCUUCGAAGUGCUAAAAAGUUUACAGGUACUCUUCCUGCGCAUGAUGUACACUAUUACAAGAGGUCCCAGCAAACUAGUCACCCAGAGGAGGACAGGACCCACACAGCAGCUUGACAACAAAAUAAACGACUUCAAGCACAAACAGACGUCCUGGAGCAUGCCUGACCUUCCUGCACCCAAGAUUGUUUUCAACCGCCUAAAUGGUAAGAAAUACCAUCACCAUGCUCCGGUGCUCCCUACAGACACCCAGCAGGAGGAACGUUUCACCGCUGACCAUGAGGAAAACGUCAAAUUUGUCUAUGAGGCCUGGCAGGAAGUGCUGCAGCAGGAGCAGAGGCCAGAGGAGGCCCAGAGAGCUGUCCUCUAUAAAGACACCACUCCCAGUCCCCACAUGGAUAACUUUGUGCCCAUAGAUCUGGACGAGUGGUGGGCGCAGCGUUUCCUUGCCAACAUAGACAAGCUCUCCUGACACUCCUGUGGGAUCUGUGAAUCUUGUCAGAUGAUCAGUAGGUGCGACCUGAAGCAGGAUGGCUCACAGUGAAGAUGGAUCCUCGGCUGGAGGCGAGAUAGGUCUGAAAGACUUGGUGAUUCAAAAUGGACAGAGAGCGCUCAGACGCUAGCAAAGAAACAGCAGAGAAUCACUUCACUGAAACUUUUUAAACCCCUAUCCCUCCAAGAAUAUUCAUUCUGUGACAAACUGCACACUGGAGGAUGGCAUUUUGAGGUUCAGGCUACUCAUCUUCUACCCUCACAGCAGAGAUGUCAUGUUACUUUGAAAUGCAGUAAAGUUGUAUUUUCGAGAA